AUGGCAGUCGACACUACUUCAGUAAGCGGGCGAAUGGCUGAGCUGCGUGAACAGAAAAGGGGAGCAUUCAUCCCGUUCAUAACUGCUGGAGACCCAGAUAUUGAAACAACAGAGCAGGCUCUUCUAGCGCUUGACAGAGCUGGAGCUGAUAUUAUAGAGCUGGGAGUGCCCUACUCGGAUCCGCUUGCAGAUGGGCCUACAAUCCAGGCGGCCAGCACACGCGCAUUGGCUAGCGGCACCACACUUAAGAAGGUCAUAGACGUGGUGGGCAAAGUGUCGCCUCACAUCACCGCGCCCAUCGUACUGUUCACAUACUACAACAUCAUCAUGAGGCGCGGCCCUGAGAAGUUUUGCCAGGAGAUCAAGGCUGCCGGGGCCGCAGGUCUGCUGGUGCCGGACAUCCCCUUGGAGGAGACAGGGCCGAUCCGGGAGGUGGCCACGGCGGCAGGACUGGAGCUGGUGCUGCUGACAACGCCCACCACUCCCCAGCCGCGCAUGGAAGCCAUAGCCAAGGCCUCCCAGGGCUUUGUCUAUCUUGUGUCAGUGACAGGUGUGACUGGACAGCGGGUAUCCAUGGAAUCGCGCGUGGAGGGCUUGAUCGAGCAGUUGCAUCAGAUCACAGACAAGUCGGUGGCUGUGGGCUUUGGCGUUUCAGGCCCAGAGCAGGCUCGGCAAAUCAUGGCAUGGGGCUCGGAGGGUGUCAUUGUCGGGAGCGCUUUGGUGAAGGCUCUUGGAGAAGCGCCCAGUGCCAAGGAAGGCUUGGAACGGAUGGAAGCACUUGCGCGCAGCAUCAGAGAAGCCAUUUGA